AUGGGUGUGCUAACCAAGGAGCUCCAGGAUGCCCGUGACCGUAUUGCCCUUCACGAGUUAACUGCGCAAAUUUUUCACGAACAAGCGCAAAAAGGGACCUCUGGUGACGGGGCAAUCUUGGUUUUCCCUUGGGAUCCCAAUUAUCUAUACCGAUUAACCUGGAACGGCGCGUGGGUGUGGGCCAAGGCUGUACAAAACGGAAUGGCCACUCGCGAAAUCCCUCCCCGAACUUAUGAAUAUCAGGCGAUAAUGAAGAAAGCCCGCGUAUUCCACAAGGCUACCUCUGUCAAUGAUCGUGUCAAGAUGCGGAGCGCUCAAUUGGCCAUUGACUUGUCUCCUACCUUUCACCGAACUGGUGGAUCUCGCACAUCUUUUUUUGACCCACCUGCGAAACUCUUAUUUCCUGCAUCAUCGAGCUCGAAAAGGUCUGCCAGUUUUGCCGGCUUCAGUGUCUCUGAACACGAAGUUAAGCCCAGAUUAUUUCCAGAUGACAAGAAGAAAAUCAAAUUGGAACCUGGCUCUACCUCUGCCAAGUCCAAAGGAAUCACGAUCAAUUUAUCUUCCGAUCCCCCGUCUGGUCACGAAAUGCAUAUUAAGAAGGAGAUAGUUACACCGAAACCCUUUAGCAAAGGCGUCCCUAUCGUAAUCUCUUCCGAUCCUCCCUCGCCUUCCAUCUUUGAAUCUUUGGGUAACAACCAAUCGGACUAUGGACUUGCUGCCUCCCCCACACCUGGUGACUUGAAAGUCAAGGAUUCGGCCGUUGAAGAAGCUGUAGCUCCCAUUUCGAUCCUCGAUCAUCACGAACCUUCCCAAGACCCGAAGGCCACUGAAAGUGCUCAUGCAGCAGCCUUAGAACGGUUCUUGGACCAUUGCAACGUGCCAAAGCAUGACCAGACCACCCGGAUGAUCCUCAACAACGCCGGCGUCCAGUCUUGGAUGGACUUGAUCCCUAGCGUUCAAUUUACCAAAACGUCACUCACUGCGCGUGGUAUGCACCCAGCGCUUGCCUCACAUCUCCUCAGUGAAGCAUUGGACCGUGCGCAUGAACUCUGA